AUGGUAUCUAAUCCUCCUCCGCCUACUCAGAACACCGAUCGCCAAACCGCUUUGCCGAAGGUCGGCGAAACGCGCUGCUACUGGUGUCUCCUCAACCCCGACCUCGUCUUCCUCUACCUCGACCCCGUCCUCGCUUCCCACUUAGGAGAGCAGGCCGACCUGCUCGUGGGCAAGUCUCUUCUCACUUAUGUCCACCCCGACGAACAAGCCUCAGCCAAGCUCGAUCUCGGUUCUGUUUUGGAGGAGAGGACCUUGCAUGGUAGUGUGACUCGAGUACGCUAUUCCCGGCUCUCACGGGUCCGCAGGCAGCUAGGGUACACAGGCCCGGGUCCGGACUGGCUGGACGCCGAGAAGAUCGCCGUAGACCAAAACUACAUGGCCGUUGACAUCGUCAUCAACUACGCCGCAGACGGCCUUGUUCUUUGUUUCAUCCAUGCCGCCGUCGACCUCACUCCGCGCGACAACGACGAGCACCACAAGACCGGUUGGACCAACUGGUGCGGCACUCCGAACGUCGACAUGAGCCAAAUCCAGCUCCUAUUCAGUCGGUUGCAGACGUCCUUACCCCAACCCUCGACUCUCACCCGCGUUUUUCAAAUCCUCUCAAACUCACCCGACCGGUCUCUGUGUUUGAGUUGGCCUCAGGAGCGCCCGGGCGAGACUGCGUCGAAGGACUUCGCGCGCUUGGCGGAAGGAGUGCAGAUCCACAGCUCCGAAACUGACGCUAGAACAAGCUGUACCCGGCGCUACAAGUCAUCUCAGGUCAUGGAGCUCUCAUCGGGUGACAAACGAGAGGUGGAGAGUGUAUUCAUCCCUCAUGGCGCCAUUAUCUUCGCGUGCCACAAAGCAAGUUCAUUUCCCCGCAAUGGCGUUGCGGGAAAUAGCGGGUUGCACCAAUCUGGCUACCACUCGACUAGUUACGCGCCACAAGGAGGCGCUCAGUACUACGAGGCCCAUCCUCAAAACGUCCCUCAGAACACUCACGUCUCCUCACUUCCUUACCCCUACAGCUCCCACCCUCAGUCACCAAUGGCCUCCUCCUACCCCCCCAACCCCUGGAUGAACAUGGAGCCCGGCAACCAGUACGCUCACUGGGGCCCGAGCUCUGUUCCGAACGGCGCCCCCGUCAGCAGCAUCCGCUCCUCGUCGUACUCCACCGCCGCGCCUUCCCAGCAAACGCAUCAACAAUGGGCAUCCCAGUCGUCGUACAUCGACUCCGGCUCUCCUGUCUCGCCCAUCGACCCUUCCGCGCCGAGCCCGGGAGGGAUGUAUCCGACGUCGGGACCUUCGGAUGUGGACGAGCAACAGCCACCGUCUCCCCCGAGCGACCUCGUCCCUGCCCCAAGGUCCGGUCGGCGGAACAACCGGGAUCAGUACAGCAACGGUGGGCGCACGUCGGGAAACCCUCCCGUCGGCAUCACCAAGUGCGCGAGCUGCAAGGCGACCCAUAGUCCGGAGUGGCGGAAAGGGCCGAGCGGGAAGAAGGACCUCUGCAACGCGUGCGGGCUUCGCUUCGCCAGGUCCCGCGCCAAAAAGGAAGGAGGCAGCCAACGCCGCCGCAAGGACCGCGCGAUGAGCACGCUGUCCUCCAAGGCCGAUCCAUCGCCCUCGGCGUCUCCUGUCAGUGCUUCAUAUCCGGGCAUGCGUCGAGGCAGCUUCUUUGAGGAGGGGUCCUUCCUAUCGACCUCCUCAGCAGGCUCCGGCUCAGGGAACGACAGCUUCUCCCACGCCCCGAGCUUCGAAGGCAGUGGCAUGACGCCUUCGCCCUCGCCCCCAUCCGCCGGUCUGCACUAUGCCCAGAACCAGUCCGUCAACUACCCUUCGUCCAUGGCAACCGACCCGCGGGCGGGCAGCUACGGCGGCCAUCCUUCGGCCAACCAAUACUACCAUCUCCCUGGCCCACCCUCCCACCACCUUGCUCAAUCCGCUCCACACCCCCACGUCUCCGCGCACGGCCACUCGGGCCACCACAUGCCACCUGCGCGCCUCGACACGCUCAUGUCUUUCCAUCACCGGCUUUCCCCCAUGGUCUCACCCUCCUCUCCUGCCUCGAACUCGCCGCUCAGCGCCGGCCUUACCGCCGCCUCUUACGAGCGCGACAAGCGGCACGAGCGCGACCAAGACCAUCUGUUGAUGGCCCAAGCAUCGCUCGGCCAUGAGCAAGCGUACCGCAUGGGAAAGGCUUACUUGCCGCACGACGCGCCGUUCUAG